AUUUAUAAUUUCAUUGUUUAAUUGAAAAAAUUUUUUGGUAAAGUCAUAAAUGUAAUAAGUCAUAAUCAAAAAUAAAAUAUAUACGAAAAUUAUUUGCCUGAAAAAGGAACUGUAGAAAAUCGCAAUUUCAUAAAUUUUCAAAGAGAGAAAAGAAUAAAAACAAUAUGGGUUGUGACGGUGGAACUAUUCCAAGACGUGACGAAUUAGUUCGUACUAAAAAGAAACCUGAACAGAAAGAUAAAGAUUCGGAAAGACAAUUCCGAUGGUUGCAUUGUGCUUUGACGCAAGAGCGAUUGCAACAACCAAUUGUAAUGUGCGGUUUGGGGCGAUUAUAUUCAAAGCAAAAUAUAAUAGAAGCGUUGUUGGAUAAGGAAAAGAUUCCUGAAACCAUAUCCCACAUCAAAAGUUUAAAAGAUAUUAAAGAUCUCAAUUUAACUGCAAACCCAGCAUAUAAAGACAGUGAUAAAACUGAGGGUCUUCUGGACCCAAGAAAUGCGCCCUUCAUAUGUAAACUAAUAGGAAUAGAAAUGUCGGGCAAAUUUCGAUUUAUUGCUCUAUGGAGUUGUGGCUGUGUGUUUUCUGAAAGAGCUUUCAAACAAAUAAAAACAGGAAUUUGUGCUCUAUGUCAAACAGCAUAUUCAGAGGAAGAUGUUGUAAUAUUAAAUGGAACAGAUGAAGAAAUUGACCAAAUGAGAGAAAAAAUGAUUUCACGAAUUGCUAAAAGAAAAACAAAGAAAAAUAAAAAAGCUGUAGACACGACAAAAAGCGAAUCUGAGGAAUAUUCAGAAAAAACCUCCAAACCAUCUACCAGUGUCUUGGACAGUAACAAAUUAUCCAAAAAAAUUGAAACUCAAAAAAGAAAUGGAGAAUUGCUCGAUAAAAUGGCUGAUCCAGAAAUGAAAAAACUAAAAACUGAAAGUGUUGCAAAGGAUCCUAAAGCUAGCGAAGUGUAUAAGUCGUUGUUUACUUCACACCGAUCUGAAAAGCAACAAGAUCGAGCUCACUGGGUUACAUAUAAUCCAUUUUACAAUUAA